AUGGUAGAUUACAAAAUACGUUCAUCUAAUAUUCAGAAAUUAUAUUUCUCACUUGAAUUAUUCAUUGUUUUUAAUACUAUUCGUCAUCUUUUCUAUCAAGAUCAAUCAAUUACCGAUAUUGGAUACUGGUUUAAUAUGAAAUGGGUUGUUCUUCCUGAUUAUCUAAGCCAUUAUAAACGAGAAGUUUUAAUAGUUCAUUUUUUUUCGGGUAUGAUUGCAUUAUUUGGUAUGCGUUAUCAAACUAGUGGAAGUCAUAAAACUAAUUCGUUGAUUCAUAAAUAUGUUGGAUAUAUUGUUGUUUUAAAUCAAUUAUUAGUUCAUUCACCAACAAUUCUAAUGAUGACUCAAUAUGUAAAAGAUUAUGUAUUAGCAAGAAAAAUUUUCUAUAUAAUGACUACUAUUGUAACAAUAAAAAAUGCAAUAAUGUUGGUGAAAUAUGCUAGAGAGAAAAACAUGCGCAAACAUCGGCGAUGUGCACUGACAUUAUAUAAUUAUAUUUCAACGUUUACUAAAGGUAGAAUAUAUAUGUAUACAGUUCUUCCAUUUUUACCAAACAAUUGGCGACCAUUUCAUAUAUUUAUAUCAGAUGUUGUAUCAAUAGCAUUUGCUGAACGAUAUUCAUGGAAAAGAAUGGCAAAAUUAUUUGUGAUCAUUUUCAUUUCUGGACAACUCAUUGAAUUAACACCAUCUCUGUGGUAUAUUUGGGCUUUUGUUGGUAUUACUUACAAUGCUAUUUAUGCUUAA